UCGCAUUUCGGUUUUGCAAAUGCAGUUUACAAGUUGCAAAUUUUGGUAAUAAUAGUGUUAAAAACGUCUGCUUUCCUAGAUUAAUGUGUUCAUCAUAAAGUACUGGUUGAAACAAUAAUUUAUAUCAGAAGAUAUGCUGCCUAACCGUUCAUCAGGACGAAAACGUUGGAAUCUUCACGAUGGUCCACAAGGGUCCCUGCGUAGGCUCCGCAAUCAGCUGGCUGAGGACGGCUGUGCCGACUCACAGGUGGUGCUUGCUAAACAACUGCUGGCUGAAAAAUGUGAACUUGAGGCUGAUAAAAUUUCUAACUUCAAACAAGCAUUGGAUUGGCUGAUUUGUGCCACGGAGCAGGGUCAUCAGGAAGCCAGAAGGCUGUUAAGGCGCUGCAUCCGGAGCGGCGUGUUGGAGGAGGACAGCGCGGCCAUCGUGCGCGCCAAGUCGUGCCUCAAGGCGAGCCGGCAGGAGACCGUGGCGAGGAAGGCGGCUAGGGACUUGUUUGCCAGUCUAUCAAACGGCGAGCAAUACAUAACUACCCUCCAAUUAGAAAAACGUAUCCGAGAGAUCUGCAACGUAACGCUGAAACAAGAAGCCGAGAAGGAGAGUGACAGUGAUGAGGAUACUCCAGAAGUCCCUCAAGAGUUGGAGGCGGAGAACCACCUCGAGGGUGCACAACUACAGGCGGGCGACCAGACGCACGCCAACGGCGCUCUCAGCACCGCGCCGCUGAUAGAAGAUUACCCCGAGCGCUGUUCCACAAGCGGCGAUGAAAUCAGGAACCUCACAGUCGACAACCUAGUCUCAGCCGCCGUCGACUAUUGCCAAGGAGAAUUACCCCUAGUCAGCUAUGAGCUAACACUAACAGACCCUAGCCUGAAAGCACUAGACCACAUCCCACUACUGCAUAGGGCUUUCUUACACCCUAUAGUGUUUAUCAAAGUCCUGUACCUAAAACUGUUGUACUACUUCGGUUCGUUCUCGUUUCGGCUAACAGAUAUUGAACUGUCGUUAGUGUUGAUAGCGUAUUUGUCUGUAAAUACGAAUAAUUUGUCGCAUUUUGUGCCUCUAGUGUUGUACUAUGUGAGUUUUGUCGCAAUGGUGAUUUGCACGUUCAAAAUGUUGCACGCAAAGCGACAGUUUAUAGACUUUAGGAAAUGGUCCGGUUUGUUCCUUCGAUACAGUGACGGUAACUUGCAGCCGGAUGAAUCGGAAAAUCUGUUUGUGAGGAACAAUUUAGGGCCAUUCGUGCAGUUUUUCCUAGCUCUCUUCAUAAAUCUGUUUCUGUAUCCGUUUAUAGCGACCCAAUGGGUGCCUUUCUCCGAAUUUUGCGUGUUAAGUUUCGCUCUUAUGUUUUUGACGAUAUUUUCGUUUAGCACCCACGGUAGUCCCUACCCUGAUUUCCUCGCUUUGAUCUCCUUCGGAAUAAACGUGCUCGCUAAAUACCCUUACGAAAAAGACACAGUAGUCCACCAAGGCUGGCGUUUCUUAGACCUACACAUUCAGAAUUACCCCUCUUAUAUCCUGGGUAAUAGUGUAGAGUUUUGCUUGAAUGCUCGAGUAUUUUUCUCCCUUCUAAUCCCAGUGAUAUUAUUUAUAAUGGCCCGUAGAAGCAACUGGAGUGGUUUCACAAUGUACACGUUGCCUCAUUGUGUUACUUUGAGUUGGUUACAGAUGUUUAUAAUGUGCUCCCACGGUUGUACCACAUAUGGACUUAUAAGAGGCACUUUGGGGUUAGUUGGUUCCUUACUUUUUGUUCCCCUAUUGGGGGUAGUCACGUUGACACUACCUAUAUUCGCCUGCCUUCAGUGUAUAACGUUGUCUAAGGUGUUGUAUUUGACUACGGUUGCGGUGUUGGUAGUCAGUAGUCUGUGUAUCGCUUGCUUUUUGGCUAAAUUGGAGACAACGAAGAAAUAUGUUACUCCGCUUCAGCUCUCUAUCGGCCUAGUAAUGGUGGUCUACUUCGGAAACCAAUUCUUCAUGAGCUACCAAGACGACGGGCUGCCAGCCGGCUUCAUAGACCUGUUCGACGACAAACCAACGAUUAAGAGCUUACUCAAAAACGAGUACGACUUCGAAGAAAACCAAUACCAAAUCAGCUGGGAAGAUUAUUAUAGCCAAUGUAACUCGCCAUCUUGGGCCGAAUCCAAUAUGGCCGCCACGCAAAUUAAAUGUUCGGUUCUAGAAGGAACGUUUGUCAAUUGGGAAGGCUACGUUAAAGAGGUUAAAAUUAAGUCGGUGAAGAAUAGAUGGAAUGAUUUUGCGUCGUGGCUGCCCGGGUUUGUGCAAGAGAUAUUCAAGUGUUACUACGGUGAAGAGUAUGCGACUUUGUGUUCUAUGCAUGAAGGUUUGCUUUCGAGUAAGGAGUGCGAUUUUGUGAGGAGGGUGGCGAGGCAAAGCGGGAAGAGCUGUCAUUUGGAUAAUUUGAAUGAAUACACACACGAGAUAAAGCUAUCUAUGUCGGCCGGUGGCGGCCUCAUAUCGCGUCAUGCAGAUAUCAACGUCAUAUUCGACAAUUACUUCACAAACUACACCAGGCAACUGCGCGCAGACGAUAAAAUACGAUUCAAAGGCGUCCUACUCAAUAGUGAAGACAGCUACAACAUUGGAGACCAAGAAACUACCAUUAACGGCUAUGAAAUUAACUGUCUGGAAUGCAAAACGUCACCAGGGAAUAUUAGCUCGAAAACUCCGUCAAAUACUAAAUUUUCUGAUCUGUGUAAAACUAUUGUGAACGAUUGUAUUGUGUCCACGAAGUAUAUUCUCAAUUUUAUGCUGAAUCCUGUGAUAGUUUUCAAGUGAGAGUGGUGUGGUGUUGUUUGGAGCCGCCAUUUUGCCUCGGUAGCGCCAUCUAGUGGUGAUAUAACACAGUGUACGAAACAAAUCAAUAAUUCCCCAGAAUUUUGGAUUCACAACUUGUAUGUGGUUGGAAAUAAAAUGAUUAUGCCUUCGCAAAUUGUAGUUGAAUUUGAAAUAUGGUGCUUUUAUCUCCAUGGUAUAAUGUAUUAGAUUUGUUGUUUCGAUGUGUGUUAAUUAAAAUUACAAUAGCCAAAUGUUGGCUAAAACAUGUAACUUGGUUUGUUGUAUACAAUUUGAACAGACGAAAAACACUUGCAAUUAUAUUCAGCUUAAAGCUUCCAUGUUUUUUUAUUAAAAUUUGUAAUGUUUUUAUUAAAAUUUAUUGAGGUCAUCGAAGUAGAAAAAAAGGCGGAAGGAAGCUCGCGAACUAAAAAAUUAGGCCUAGACUGACAGUUCUAAUACUGUUCUGAAAUGGGCUGUCUAUGAACCUAUUCGGGAAAGUCCCUAUCAUUAUAAUAAAAUCAUCUGUGAAAUGCACCAUUUUACCUCUAGAUAUUACUUUAGACUGCGUUUUAGUAAUCUUAUUUUGUGCCAGUGUGUUUGUUUUUGUAAUAAUUAAGGGAAUAUUAGUUUUAUUAAGUACUUUGCAUUUAGGGAUUUUGACAAAUUUAUUUAUUAUGGACUGAAGACAGUAUUGAAUUUAUGAUUCUGAUGGAAAAUUAUGUCUGGUAUGUAAUCGAGAUGUAUUUUGUAUUUAAUUUGUUAAUAAUGUUUGUUAGAAUUAAAUAACUAUAUUUACGUACGUAUUCUCUAAAGAAAGAUCUUAUUCAACAGUUUUUACAUUAAAUGUCUGUGUGUUAAAAGUGUAAAUAAAUAUUAUAUUAUUUUCUGUGAA